AGAUAUAGCGAAUUCUUGCAUUAAAAUUAAUCGCUCCACUCAAAUCCGUUUAUAUAAAGUGAUUGCGUUUAAACCUUCGGUGGUCAAUAGUAUUUUGAAAAAUGUUGAAACUCUUGAUCUCAUCAUUUUGCGUUUUCUUCUGCUUCAGCGCUUCAGCUGAUGAAGUAAUUAUUAACACGAAGCCGUUGCCAGAAGGCUUCACUUUGGGUGUUGCAACAGCUGCUUUUCAAAUUGAAGGUGCAUGGGAUGAAGGCGGAAAAGGUGAACAAGUAUGGGAUUGGUUUAUGCACACAUAUCCAGAGAAAAUCGAAAACGGCGCCAAUGGAGAUGUAGCGUGCGAUUCCUACCAUAAAUGGGAAGAAGACGUGCAACUUUUAAAGGAUUUGGGAGUUAAUCAUUAUAGACUCUCAAUUUCCUGGGCCAGAAUUUUGCCUGAUGGUUUAGCCAAUAAUUAUACAAUUAAUCAGGAGGGAGUUCAAUACUACCGAAAGUUAUUUGAGGCUCUACUUGAGAAUGGUAUAACCCCAUACGUUACCAUGUACCAUUGGGACCUGCCUAUUCCUCUGCAGGAGUUAGGAGGGUGGCUUAACCCAAUUAUUGCAGACCACUUUGCUAAUUAUGCUCGUAUUUGCUAUCAACUAUAUGGGGAUAUUAUUAAGAAUUGGAUUACUUUGAAUGAACCACAUACAUAUUGCGUUUUGGGCUAUGGAUCAGGAUAUCAUGCACCAGGUUACGUGCUUCCUGCCACAGGAAUUUACCAAUGCGCCUAUACUAGUGUUUUAGCACACGCCAAAGCCUAUCACAUCUACAAUGAUGAGUUUCGAGCUGAUCAGCAAGGAAGAGUUACAAUUGUCAUUGAUAGCUCUUGGAUGGAACCUAUUACCGAUACGGAAAAGAAUGUAGAAGCAGUUCAAAGAAUGUUCGAUUUUUCUGUAGGAUUAUAUGCCCACCCCAUUUACGUUGGUAACUGGCCUGAACGUGUUAUAAAUAUAGUGGAUGCUAGAAGCACAUUGGAAGGAUAUUCUUCAUCCAGAUUACCGUCAUUUACAGACGAAGAGAUCGAAUAUAUUAAGGGCACAUUUGACUUUUUCUGUCUGAAUUCGUAUUCAACUUAUUUAAUAGAACAUAUAAAUAAUUGGGAUGAAAUGAUAGAUCCCAACGGCGCUUCAUUCGAUUUAGAUGCAGGUGUUUCCUAUUCUUUCGACCCAUCUUGGCCAUCAGACGUGAAUUGGGUCAGCAGAGUACCACAAGGCUUCAGAAAAAUAUUGAACUAUGUUUACAACACAUUCGGCCAGCCAGAAAUUGUUGUGACAGAAAAUGGAUGGGCUCAAAACCUUACCACUGUAGGGCUAGACGAUCAAGAUAGAAUUACAUAUCUCAAACAAUAUCUAAGCGCUCUUCUUGAUGCCGUUUACGAAGACGGAGUAAACGUAACCGGCUACACUGCAUGGAGUAUCCUGGAUAACUUAGAGUGGGCGCAUGGAUAUGAGCAAAAACUAGGUUUGGUAGAGGUAGAUUUCAGCAGUCCGGAAAGGACUAGAACGCCCAGAGCUUCGUACUAUUGGUAUCAAACGGUUACUCGUAACAGAUGUUUAGUGGAAAACUGCGGCCAGAUAUAAAAUCGUCUUAUGAUUAAUAUCCCUUUUUCAAUUGUAUUCAAUAUGCGGUCAUUUGGGCACUUUUUGUUCAAAAUCCCGUUAAGAUCAGUUGAGUUGGCAAGAGUGUUUAAAUUAAAUAAAACUACAUGUUUCUCUCUUGCACAGUUAAUAGAUUAAGAAUUCGAUGUUAAAAAGUCUCUGACAACAAUGGCUCAACAAAUUAAAACACAAGGUAUUUCUAAGUUUUUUUUUUGUUAUGAUUCAAUGCUAAUGGAAACUUUGGUAUGUCUUUACUUAAUGUACACUUAAUUAUGUCCUAUUUUGCAAGACAUUAACUAAUAAAAUAAACCGAUUUUAGCAGUUUCAAUAUUAAAUUAA